UGAUCUGGCCCUGGGACAAUUUCUUAACGGCCGAGAAACAUUUAUCACAGAGCGCAGUUCCUGACUUUACAGAGCAGCAGAGAUGAACGAGCAAAGAGUCACCUAUGCAGAGCUGAAGCUGGCAAAGGACUCAAAAAGGCCGCAAGUGAAACCUAAAGGGAGUAAAAGCUCCACUACCGUAACAGAGCAGGGAGUAACCUAUGCAGAACUAAGUCUUCACAAUGCUGCUCUGGAUCCUCAGGAGAAUGGCAAGUCCUGUCACCUCAAAGGCUUAGCAGCACCUCCAGAGAAGUGCAUUGCUGGAACCUUGGGACUCACCUGCCUUGUCUUGAUAGGCAUUAUUGUGGCAGUGUUGGCUAUUUCCUAUACUACUGAAGAGCCAAGGCAGAAUGGUUUCUCCUCAGAGCAGAAUGAUUGCCCAAAUGUAACAAAAAGCCAGGAAGAAUACCAUUGUGGCCCUUGUCCACAGGGGUGGUUUUCAUACUCCAACAACUGCUAUUACUUUAGUGCUGAAAAAAAAAACCUGGAAGGAGAGCAUGAGGGCCUGUCAGUGUAUGAACUCUCAGCUGCUCUACAUAGAAUCUCAAGAAGAAAUGAAAUUUAUGGAAUUCAUACGGGCUUUGUCAUGGAUUGGAGUCUACCGUUCUGGCAGCGAUCAGCCAUGGAUAUUGGUAAAUGGGUCAUCUUCCCAACUAGAGAUAAGAGAAUCAUCAUCUGCUAACUAUCACUGUGUUACCCUACAAUCUACCUAUUAUGCAGACAAUUGUGAAUUUCCAAAGAUGUAUUAUUGCAAGCAUAAGAUGUAAAUUAAAACAAACAAACAAAAAAAAAAACUAAGUUUGGAUUUAUUUGUGUAACUUUCCAAUUCAGGAAAUGUCUUGUUAUUGAGAUUGUUUUUUGUUUUAAUGGCAUUUUUUUUCAAAAUAAUUGUUUAAAUACACCAUGUUCAGCCAAAGUACAGAUAGCAUUACUUUAGUGCCUGUCAUUUUUUGUGGUUUUCAACCUUUAGAAAGAUCAUUGGAGGCCUCCCUGUUGGCACAGGGGUUAAUUACAGUGCUAUCAAGCUAUGGCCAGCCACUGCAGUAUGAGUUAGAUCCACAGGGAGCAACCCACAUGGCUCAGGGGACCUCUCCUGCCUAGCCUGCUGCUCCCCUCAGCAGUGUACUUCAGUCAGUCUGCCUGCUCUGUUCUCCACUCUGUCUCUGGUGAAUCUGGUCACCCCCCACACCUCUGACCUAUACACAAGUUCUUAAAUGCAUAAAUAAAUCUUUUUUUUUUUUUUAAAGAAAGCUCAUUUGCUGUGUGAGUCCAGUUAUUAGUAAUGACAAAAUCACUUUCAUACAGAAACUGGAUUGAGGGUAGAAAGGGACUGAGGAGAGGUAGGAUGAGGAAAUGGCCACUGAUUUGUUCUUUGUUUCUUUUUGAAAUGAUGGAACAUUUUCAGUGCCAACAGUAGUGAUGUUGCAAACUCUGAACAUGGCAAAUGGCUUUGAUUUAUUCACUUUACAUGGCUGAAUUUUAUGCUUUAUUUAUUAUAUCUCAAUAAAUUGUUUUAAAAAAUUCUGUGAUGACC